CUUUCCCGCAGCGGCAUCAAGCGGGAGCACCUGUUCAUCACCUCCAAGAUCCACCCCCGCCACCUGGGCUACUGGAGCACUCUGGAGGUCUUCAACGAGGCCCUUCAGGACCUGCAGACCGACUACGUGGACCUGAUGCUGCUGCACUACCCAGACUGGGCCGCCCUGGAGCAGCUGGUGUCGGAGAAGAAGCUGCGGGCGGCGGGGGUCUCCAACUUCAACCUUGACCAGAUGGCGGAGCUGAUCCGCAUCGCCCGCAUCAAGCCCGCCGUGCUGCAGAGCAACUCGGACCUGCUGCGCCAGGAGUGGGAGCUGCAGGCCUUCUGCCGCAACCACGGCAUCCAGUUCCAGGCAUACUCCUCCCUGGGGGGGCAGUGGCUGAACCCUGUGCUGGAGCACCCCGUUGUGUACGACAUCGCGGUGCGCCUUGGCAAGACAACGGCGCAGGUGGUGCUGCGCUGGGCGCUGCAGCACGGCCAGGCCGUGGUGCCGCGCACCACCAAGGUCAACCGCAUGGAGGCCAACCUGGACCUCUUCUCCUUUGACCUAACAGAUGCCGACAUGCAGAGGCUGGACGCCCUGGACGGCUCGCUGCAGCUGCAGGAGGCCGCCGCCUGA